CUCUUCUUGAUCCACUCGACAACAGGAGACGGCUGCUGAGAGGCACCUCCACUAUGAUGGCCAACAGCGGCGAUGCUUCAUCGAAGCAGCUUUCGUCCUUUGUCUGUUCUAUAUGCCUUGCUUCAUUCGGUCGCCACGAACACUUGACGAGGCAUCUCAAGACGACGCACUCUGAAAGGCGCACUCAUGCCUGCGAAUUCUGCGGUCUGCGGUAUAAGCGUCGGUACUUAUCAACCCUACGCUCUGAAGACAGCAGUAGUAUCAGUCAUUUCCUGACAGAUCCAGAGAUGGGUUAAGGAGACACUAUCAAACAUGUCAAUCGCGACUCGAGCGUCAAUAUGAUGUACCGCCGACUACACGGGGAGGUCGACCCAAACAUGCGUGCAGGCAUUGUGCUACCCUCAAACGAGCCUGUGAUCGUGGCCAACCAUGCUUAGA